UGGAAGGAGGCCGCAGCGCGAGCGCAGGAACCGCGCGACCGCGGGGACCGCAAAGGCGCAGCGCAGGCCGGCGCGGCUGCAGCGGCUGCGGGGCGCCGAGGCUCGACCCCGCUCACCAUGGCCGCGCUGCUGCGGAGCCUGCAGGAUUCCCAGCUCGUGGCCCGCUUCCAGCGCCGCUGCGGGCUCUUCCCAGCUCCCGAGCCAGGCGCUGUCCCCGAGGCCCGGCAUCUUCUCGCGGCCGAGAGCAAGGGCGGCGGGGGCCCGCCCAGUGGGCUGAGGAGAGCCUCAGCCCUGCAGGCUAACGGGCAGAAGUACAUUGUGAAGAACUAUUUCUACUAUUACCUCUUCAGAUUUUCAGCAGCUUUGGGUCAAGAAGUGUUCUACAUCACAUUCCUUCCAUUCACUCACUGGAAUAUCGAUCCUUAUUUAUCCAGAAGACUGGUUUUAAUAUGGGUGCUGGUGAUGUACGUUGGUCAGGUGGCCAAAGACAUCUUGAAGUGGCCCCGUCCCUCCUCCCCUCCAGUUGUGAAACUGGAAAAGAGAGUAAUGGCAGAGUUUGGAAUGCCCUCCACCCAUGCCAUGGCGGCCACCGCCAUUUCCUUUACGCUGCUGAUCUCCACCAAGGACAGAUACCAGUACCCUUUUGUUUUGGGGCUGACGAUGGCCGUGGUGUCUUCCACCCUGGUGUGUCUCAGCAGGCUCUACACUGGGAUGCACACGGUCCUGGAUGUGCUGGGUGGUGUCCUGAUCACUGCGCUCCUCAUUGUUCUCACCUACCCUGCCUGGACCCACAUCGACUGCCUGGACUCGGCCAGCCCUCUCUUCCUUGUGUGGAUCAUCAUUGUGCCUUUUAUCUUGUGUUACAAUUACCCGGUGUCUGAAUGCUACAGCCCAACCAGGGCCGAUACCACUACCAUUAUGGCUGCUGGGACGGGAAUGAUCGUAGGGUUCUGGAUCAACCACUUCUUCCAUAUCAUAUCCGAGCCCACUGAACCUCUCCCUGUAAUUCAGAAUAUCCUGCCCCUCUCCACUGACAGGUUGGUUUUGGGUCUGACCAAAUUUACAGUGGGAAUUGUGUUGAUCCUCUUGGUUCGUCAACUUGUACAAAGCCUUUCGCUGCAAGUAUUGUUCUCAUGGUUCAAGGUGGUCACCAGGAACAAGGAGGCCAGGCAGAGACUGGAGAUUGAAGUACCUUACAAGUUUGUCACUUACACAUCUGUUGGCAUCUGUGCUACAACCUUUGUGCCGAUGCUACACAAGUUUUUGGGAUUACUCUGAGCCUCAGUAGUUGGAAACCACCUACUGGAUGAGAGCCAAGGAAGCUGUUGGGUGUGCGAUACCGACCACUCAUUUUUCUUUAAACAAAAACUUAAGUCAUACUUCUGUGUUGUUGAAAUCAUAUAGGUGAUGCUGCUGUGCAACUAAUGCUGCCAUUAGUCUGUAGCCAUUGCACUAUAGUUGAAGCCAGGCUGAAACCCACCCCAAGUUCUUUAAGGGCACCCUUCUCUUUCUGUUACAUGGACUUUGGACUAGUCCUGGGUGCAUAGGAAGUGUGGCCUGACUCUAGAAUGGCAGUUAUCUCAUUGGGCUCUGGUGAGCCAACAGAGAUGGGGUAAGGUGGAGGUAGAAUAUCGGUUUAGUCAUCACUUUGCCCAGCUCUGAGUCUCAUUUCCAAAAUUACAGCUUUAGUAUAGGAGAGAGGGUGGCACCAUAUAGCGCUGCAUUCUUUGGACAGGGUGACUUCCUUGUGUCAUGAUGAAAUUAGACCAUGCCUGUGGGGUGGUAAGACCACUUGGAAGAAAGCUUCCUGUGAGGGGACAACGGCAGGGGCAGAGCUGUGAGACCAUGUGGGAAGCCUGUUUUCCUAGCCCUCCUCUCCAUCAGGAGUUCAUGUUGAAAUGGAGCUACUCUUCCUUGGUCACACAUUUUGCAGGAUCCCCAGUUCUAUUCCCAUGGCCUUCUGACCCACGGAGAGAUUGGCUACUGCCACCUCGACACUGGUGGAUGCACCUGAGACUCCUGUUCUCUCCCACUUUGGCCUUCAAGGUCUUCAGUCAUUUAGGCUUUCAUGUGACCUUGCAACUGGCAUCUGUGAAAUGGAUCAACAGGAGCAUGGACGCACUUAAUCCUUUGGGGUCCUGACCAAGAGGCGAUAGGCCGCCCUGACAUUGCCUGGUCCCUGCAAGGCCUCUCUGACAGUCUCCAUGUUUCAAUUAUCUUCUAUUAAUUCUGUUUUCUCCUCUACUAGGUAGUCUGAGGGGCUCCUUCUCUGCUUUCCCACCUCUUAUCUCAUGACAACUUUAAGGAUCAUUAAUGCAAAAACAACUUGGGAAAGCUUGUCUUAGAAAGUUGUCUUGGGAAAACAAGCCAACCAAAGGAAACAACACCCAUUAAACCUAGUGUAGUCCCCCUUAGACAUGGGGUGGGGGGGUGAUCAUCCUGCACACACCUGCCGGUUCCUUCCCAGGACCCCACUUAGUUCUUAAAAAUGAGAAAUAGCUAUCAACAACUUUCUGACAAGUUACCUUAAAUAUGUAGUUAACAAAGUAUCUUCCAAGGAAGAGUGUCCCAACCUCCAAAGCCAAUUUUUCAUGCUUCUAACACUUCAUCACUACGUGCACAUUUGGGAAAAAUCAGCCUCCUUAACCUGAGUUCUGAGCCUUUGGGUCCUGCAUUUAAACCAAAAACCACAUUUCCCCUCUGAUUUCAAAUCAUCUCCAUGGCCUUACUGUUGGGAUGAUUUCCGGUAUGUGACUUAGUGCUCCAGUUUCCCAAGAAGCAUAAUUUUUAGCAGAACAUCCCCAUUUUUCUUAAAACCCUUCUCACAUUUAUCAUAGUUAGGCAGGGAUCAAAGUGACUCAGCAUUUGAGUUUUUGUUUUUUGUUUUUGCAUUAAACUGCCCAGAAUGGGCAGCGCCAUGAUCGAGAGGAGCCAGGCCAGCUUACAGGCACUCUGGCCUCUUCAGUGCAGGGGUUGCUGGCUGGAUGGGACACUUUCCCCUCUGCAGCUGCCAAACCCGAGUUGGCUACACUGGAUACUAUUUACACAGAAUGAUUUUAGUCGACUUGUCUGAAGCCAAGUGACAAAGGGACCAGCUUCCCCCACUUGUAUCUUUGGAAAAGAGGUGCUAGAACCACUGUCACAGCACUGGGUGUGGCAAUCCAUACAAAAUUUUUACAGUUGUCCCUUUGAAGACCCCGUAAUAGAAAAUGUGAUCAGCCAUCUGGGUGUACUUACAGCUGUAUUUACCAAAUUUGCACUGAGGAUGACUAUUUUAGUCACAGAACAUUAAAGAAUGGCCAAAGGAUUUGUCAUGAUUGAUCACUUCUUACAGUACCUGAGAACAGAAAUAGGAGAAUGAAAAGAAUAUAUUUGUAGCCAAAGAUGGUGGUUGGCACACGCCUGUGAUUCGAGCUACUCGGGAAGCUGAGGCAGGAGGAUCACAAGUUCAAGUCCAGCCUGGGCAACCUAAGGGGACCCUCUUCAAACUAAACAUUUUUGCAAAAGGCUGGGGGUGUAGCUCCGUGCUAAAGUGCUUGCGUAGUAUAUAAAUGACCUUGGGUUUUAUCCCCGGCAUCAAGGGAAAAACAGCCACACUUCUUUUUUGAGUACGCCUGUUCUGUGGCCUAGAAUUGGGCAGAAGCUGAGUGCAAUGUUAUUACUGGAUCCAAAUUUGCUUUUGCUCACCCUCUUCCAUGCAUCCCCACAGAGCACCUCACUCAAUCAAUCGCAUGCACUUGGACGCACUCACACCUCCGCAUGUCCCUUCAGAGUGAGUCUCCUUUCAAAAACUCUGGUUUUCUCUCUGAUGAAAGACCGCCCCCUGCUGGUAUGGCUCCAGUCUUGGUCCAAAGCCUCUCUUGGUCUGGAGUCUUGGAGAUUAAGAAUUGAAAGGUCAAGCUUACCACAAUGCGACCCUUCUAUAAGCCUGAAUUCUGUGGCCUGGCCAACUUUGACACCAAGGCCCUCAGGAUUAGUGUCCCGUCCAAGAGCCAGGCAGAAUGAUACCCUUUUCCUGUCCCCAUCUUCCCCAAACCCAUUACUGAAUGUGGGCCAACAUGCCUAUCCUGUCUCCUUCAUCCUGAACAGCUGUCAUUUCUUGCCAGUUUUUCUCAGAACUGCACCAGAACAGAAUACACGGGGUGGGGCAGGGGGCCCAUACAGACAAGAUCCUUGACCUCCAAACUCUUAAACGGCAGUGGCUGAAAUCACUGCACAACCUGCCCAGUGGUUCACUGAAACGUGAAAUUUUCUUGCCCAGACAAUUUAAGCUUCCCGAAUGUAAUCAAUGCAUGUGGUGUUUUAGAACCAUAUGUUCUUGCUUUCUAUUUUGGAAGCCUUCAGCUGUCCUGCUUAUGUACUGUAUGUAAAUUUAUUCUUUUAAAAAUAAAAUCAUUUUUUGUUUGA